AUGGAAGGCGCCAACAUGUCUUCGCGGCGCGACAGCCGCAACUUCGGCGUGGCAGACCACACACUGAAUCAGACACCCAUGGGGUCUCUUGACGCCUCCGCGGCUCAACAACCGGACAUGGACCGCGAUGCGUUGGUGGAACGCGUCCUGAAGGGCACGGACCCCAGGGUCAUGUCCACCCCGGUGUACUUCGACUACAAGAAGGACGCACGCGUUUACCGUUUUUUCCCUAGCGUGGGGCAGACGGCGCGACACUUUGUGGACGACGGCAGCACAGUGCGCAAGGAUGACCCGGAGGCGGUGCAGCAUGCUGAGGACCGCCAGCGCCGCGAACGCGACACGGAACUCGCCGCCCGUGCGGAACUGAACCCAGACUUGAUUGAGGGGGGUGUCUCCACGAGCAUUUUGAAGAAUCAGUUCAACUACAGGGACCGCGGCAACCAGACGAUGAACAACCCAAUGAAGGCGCGUUGCGUCAUGACAGACCCACCACCGUCGACAAACUUCAGUGCUAUGGCCACCGCGUGGGAAAUUUAUGACGCCUACGAGGAGGAUCGAAUUCAGACCGAAAAGGCCGCAGCGGCGCACAAAAAGGCCUCAACACACCGCACUGGAAAGGACGAAGAUAAAAUGAACUUGACAAUGGAUGACACCAGUUCCAUCAAAACGACGGAAGAGAUUUUAAGCUCCGUCACGUAUGGGCAUGCGCUGAAAAUUAUUGAGCGAAUGGUCAAUCAAAAUGACUGUCACGACGUUAUUGAGGACUUUAAGUACUGGGAAGACGAGAGUGAUCUAUUCAAGGAAGAUGGCAAUCUACUUCCACUGUGGCAAUUCUUUACAACAAAGGUACGGCACCGUGCGGUAACUAGCAUCUCGUUAAAUAAUCGCUACAAGGAUCUGUUCGCGGUAGGCUUUGGUAGUUACGACUUUCAGCGGCAAGGUAAAGGUGCUAUUCACUGCUUUACUUUGAAAAACACGGUACCCACAAUCUCAGGGGUACAAAUUCCCGCCCAUCCAGAGUUUUCAUUUUACUUGGAAAGCGGUGUCAUGUGUCUUGAGUUUCAUCCCGAAGAAACGGCGUUAUUGGCCUGUGGUUUACACGAUGGAUCGGUCUGCGUAUUUGACCUCCGCAUCGUGAGCAAGGACAGCAAAGAGGUCGUUAAACCCAUCUUUAAAUCUGACGUACGCUCCGGCAAACACAUGGACCCUGUUUGGGAGAUUCAUUGGUGCAGUGGUUCCUUGGAGCUCCAGUUCUACUCGAUCAGCACUGAUGGUCGUAUUACCAGUUGGUCACUACACAAGAAGGAGUUGAUCUUCAAAGAUAUUAUGACGCUGACCACAGGUGCAUGUACCUCAGACCCUGAAGCGAUCUUGCUUAGUCGCCUAAGUGGGACCUGCUUUGACUUUUCUGCGGCACAUGAAGGACUCUUUAUCGUGGGCACGCAGGAGGGUUCCGUGAUGCUGUGUAGCAAAGGGUACCAUGGACAAUGUUUGGUACGGUACGAGGGGCACACCAUGCCUGUGUACACGUGCCGCUGGAAUCCAUUUCAUUCCGAAAUCUUCCUCACCUGCGCUGCUGAUUGGGCAGUGAAACUGUGGCUUAAGAGUUCUACGAAGCCACUCUUGAUCUUUGACGCAGGUGACUCUGUGGGCGACAUUGCAUGGGCCCCGUACAGUUCUACCGUCUUUGCGGCGGUCACCUCAAACGGCAAGGUUCUCGUGUUUGACCUGAACAAAAAUAAGCGUGAGCCUCUCUGCUCCCAGACGGUGGUGAAGAAUGCCAAACUCACCCACAUUGCCUUCCACAAGGACGAACCAGUCGUCAUCGUGGGUGACUCACGUGGCUCGGUGCUCAUCCUGAAGCUCUCGCCGAAUCUGCGCACCCUCUCCAAACCGAAGAAGGGGGAACCCGACGAUCCAUCGAGUCUCCACAAGCUUGAGGUGGACAAACUCAACCGGUUGAUAGAAAUUACCCUCAAGGAUAGAGUACUCUUGGGGCAGUGUUGA